UAGUAAUUUUAAUAGUUUAUUUAUAAUCAUUAAAAUGUUGAAUAGUAGAAAAAUAAUAGUUGAAUAUCUUUGUAAAUCAAAUAGAUUUAUGAAACCAUGUCUUUUCAGCAGGUCACUAGAUUCAAAUGUUGUAAUGAUAGAAACAAAAAGAGGAAAAAAAAUGGAUAAAAAAAAUAUGCCAAUAAAUUCGUUAUUUCGACCGAUUGAUUUAUCAACAAAUAAUACAACAACAACAACAACAACAACAACAACAGAAGGACACGUUAAUGUUGGUGCUGAAUUAAGUGGUGUUAUAAAUAAAAGUGACUUACAAACAAUUUUAACAAAAUUUUAUAUGAAAAAAGAAAUUCACAGUUUAGCUAAAGAGUAUGGUCUUGACAAUGAUCUUCAACAACAAGCAUUCAAUAGUUUUCGUCGUUUUUGCAUGGAAAACGAAACUCUACCAGUUGAUUUACACAUUGUCAUAUCAGAUAUAAUAAAUGGUGGUAAUGUGUCUGACUUGUUUCCAUAUUUUAUCAAGCAUGCAAAAGAAAUAUUUCCACAUCUUGAGUGCAUGGAUGAUUUGAAGAAAAUAUCUGAUCUUCGUACACCAGCAAAUUGGUAUCCUCUUGCUAGAACUAAAAAACGUAAAAUAAUAUUUCAUGCUGGACCAACAAAUAGUGGCAAAACUUAUCAUGCCCUAGAACGUUUUAGAACAGCUAAAAGUGGAUUAUAUUGUGGUCCAUUAAAGUUAUUAGCAACUGAAGUAUUUAACAAAACAAAUAGUUUAAAUACACCAUGUGAUUUGGUAACUGGUGAAGAAAGACUAUUUGCAAAUGGUGUUAAUAAUCCAUCAGAACAUGUUGCAUGUACAGUUGAGAUGGCUAAAAUAAAUGCACCAUGUGAAGUUGCUGUAAUUGAUGAAAUACAAUUGUUAAAAGACUAUGCAAGAGGAUGGGCAUGGACACGUGCAUUGCUAGGCAUACCAGCUGAUGAGAUACAUCUUUGUGGUGAAGCUGGUGCAGUUGAUUUGGUACGUGCACUAUGCUUAACAACUGGUGAAACUGUUCAUGUUAAUCAUUAUAAACGUUUGACUGAAUUGGAAAUACAAAAUCAAGCAAUUGUGACAUACAAAAAUAUACAACCUGGUGAUUGUAUUGUUUGCUUCAAUAAAAAUGACAUUUAUUCAGUAUCAAGAGAGCUGGAAAUGAAUGGCAUUGAAGUAGCUGUGAUAUAUGGUGGUUUACCACCAAAUACAAAGCUCAGUCAAGCAGCUAAAUUCAAUGAUCCAAAAAAUACAUGCAAAGUCAUGGUGGCAACUGAUGCAAUUGGUAUGGGCUUGAAUCUUCACAUCAGACGUGUCAUAUUUUAUUCAAUGAUUAAACCAACAGUAAAUGAAAAAGGUGAAAAAGAAAUGGAUAAAAUAUCAGUGUCAUCAGCCCUACAAAUUGCUGGACGUGCUGGACGUUAUGGUACCCAGUGGGAAAAGGGAUAUGUCACAACAUUCAAGGCUGAAGAUUUGUCAUUAUUAAAAAGUAUUUUAUCUCAAUCACCAGAGCCAAUAACACAAGCUGGUCUACAUCCAACAGCUGAUCAAAUUGAAUUGUAUGCAUACCAUUUGCCAAAAGCACCAUUAUCAAAUUUAAUUGAUAUAUUUGUUGCACUGUGUACUGUUGAUGAUUCACUGUAUUUCAUGUGUAAUAUUGAUGACUUUAAAUUUCUUGCUGAUAUGAUUCAACAUGUGUCACUUCCACUACGUGCACGUUAUGUAUUUUGUUGUGCGCCAAUCAACAAAAAAAUACCAUUUCCAUGUACAAUGUUCCUUAAAUUUGCUCGUCAAUACAGCAAAAAUGAGGCAAUAACAUUUUCAUGGUUGACACAACAAUUUGAUUGGCCAUUAAAACCACCAAAAACAAUAAUUGACUUGGUGCAUCUGGAAGCUGUGUUUGACGUAAUGGAUCUAUAUCUUUGGCUGAGUUAUAGAUUCAUUGAUUUGUUUCCAGACACACAUCUUGUUAGAAAUCUUCAAAAAGACAUUGACAUGAUGAUUCAAGAUGGUAUAUUAAAAUUAACAAAAUUAUUAGCUAGCAAUGAAACAAGUGCAAGCAAUUCACUUACAAAUACAUCAACAAUUACUGAUAAUAAUCAGUAUAAUAAUAAUAAUGGUGGUGGUGCUUAUAAUAGCAGAAGAAAACAUCAUGGACAAGGUAAAUUAACUGAUAAAUUACUUGAAAGAGGAUUAUUAACACCAAGUAUGUUACAAGAAUUACAACGUGAAUGGUCUAUACAAAAUCAAAAAAAUAGAAUAACUGAUAACAAAAUUUUUAAUAGAAAUAAAAAAAUUAAAUAA